UCUCUCUUUCUCAAAACUCAACCCAGCGUCUCUCCUCUCUCAAACUUGACACAGCUGAUCGUGCCCGCUGACUGAUCGUCGACCAUCAUCGCCGUGAAACCGCUCACGACACACGGGAUGAUCGCGCUUGUUUUUGGCGCCCGUUGAUGACCGUCACGAUCAAAACACACGCAAACAACCACAGUCAAUCAAUGUCAUCGCGCAAUGAUCGUGGUCACCACGACGACGACGGCGACGGUGAGUGAGAGUGAAUUUUUCGUGACAUUCGAUGCUUUGACUCGACAGAGGAAGGUUGCAACUAGCGGGGAACGACGUGUGUGAUCAGUUUCUUGGUUAAAGUUGGAGGAGCAACCCAAAAAAAAAAAGGUUCGAGUUGGAGAAAAACAGUGGCUUGUGGGAAACGACUUUCAAGAGGGCACUGAUUAGGCAAGGGCAUCGAGCGAGCUGGGUAGAAUCGACAGAAAGGGUGUUCCGAAACGGAGAGGGAUCAAGUUGGAACUCCAGGAACAAUCAAUUUCACGACCCCAUCCAAGCAACCGUAUGGAGAAACCAUCCCGACCAGUACGAAACCGUAAACGCAGUAGAAAAGCAUGGCCUCCUGGCGACACGCAUCGUCCGAUCAAGCGACUAUUCACGCCGGAAAUCAAACGAAUGCUCAAGGACUGGCUGGUGAGACGACGUGAGAACCCGUACCCGAACCGAGAGGAGAAGAAACAGUUGGCGUGCGAGACGGGACUCACGUACACGCAAAUCUGCAACUGGUUCGCCAACUGGCGCCGGAAGCUGAAGAACUCCGGCCACGAUCCGGUGAAGAAAACGUGGGGCAACCUGAUCAAGAACUACAACGAUAACGCUAAAGGCAACGUUGAACAGUUUAGCAUUUGCUCUAGCGACAGCAUUUGGGGCGAGUACGUUGAGAUGGGAGACGAUUCGCAGGGAUCCUGCAGUCCGCCGCAGAAAACUGCCAAUCAGCAACACUACGCUCCGUACUGCUCCAACAAUAACAACAACAACAGUGGUUUCGUAAACUACAUGAAGUUCGUAGAGAGAAGAGCUAGCGAUUCGUCUGAUGACGAUCGACCCGACAACAUGUACUUUGAUCACUGCUACACACCGAAGAGCUUUAACUCGGUGUUUGGCUUGCCAACGCAAGCCCAGUGCUUUCAGAUUACCUCCACCACCGGUGAGUGCACUCCCGUCGACUUCAACGCCAACACCAGCUCCAUCAUCGAGGCCAGCUUCCCGAACGCGUACCGCGCGGAAAACGGAACCUACUACCUGACACCCAGCACCACGGUUUCCCCAGCGGUAAACUAUCGGAGCACCAACAAGUACAAGAGCAGCAUCAUGGAAAAGUACCUGCGUGACCUGGAGGUUGACCCAUCGGAACCGGAACCCACUGCCAGCUUGGCCGUAAUCCAUGCCACUCCGGCGAAUCCCUUCCAGCAAGCAGCGCAAGGCCCCUCGGGCCUGAGCUGUGAACUCCGUGGUCCACCGUCGCUGUCCAAAUGGCUCGAAAGCACCGCCAAGUUUACGCCCUCCAAAAACAACUACAUCGACUGGGAUCAACCAGGCAAACCGUCCCCCUCCUCCUCCUGCUCCAAGAAACGCUGCGACUCCAACUCCUCCGGCCAUCAUCAGCCGGUGCACUUUGGCGGCCCCGCGACGACGACGCCAGCCACAAUGCCCCCAGAGUCACCCCAAAGCAACCCCGAGUACGGUACAAUUCACCAGAAGGACGAGAUCGAUGCGGCGGAAGCGCUGACGCGGCUUGCCAACAACUUCAGGAUGAAAUUCUACACUUGACACUGCUCAAAGCCGCUGUAAUUAGGAAGCAUUCCUGAAUGUGUAGACAAUUGUUAGGAUGUAGCGUUAGCUUGAUUCUGUUUUUGUUUAGAACGGCACUAGUUUAGGUGUGACUGAAGCGUUAGAUUUAGUUUGAUUAGACAAAAGGCUUAACCGAUUAAUGACGAACGUAGAGGCAACGGCUGACAUAGAAUAAAGAUUUGGUUGUUUUCAAAAGACGAA